AUGCAAGCAGAUAACAGCCACCACCACCACAACAACAACAGCAUCAGUACACCACUGGGCUUACUGAUGAUGAUGAUGAUGUCUGCGCAACAACCACAACCACAUCAGCAACAUCAGCAACAUCAGCAACAUCAGCAACAGCUUCAUCUACUAGAUUCCGAUGCAUCUGGCCUCAACAACAAUGGAUUUGAAAACUUCUUGGAUAUCUUUUCAACUGAUAUGGAUUUUGAACAGGCUUAUUCUAUGUACAACACAUUGCAACAGAAGUCAGCUAUUGGUUCAUUUGAAGAGUUAAACAAGGUGCAAAUGUUGAAUUCGCAGUAUACUACCAAUUUGCCUACUCCACCACCUCACCCACACCAACAACAACAGCAACAACAACAGCAACAACAACAACAACAACAACACUAUUCAAGUAUAUCUUCCGAUUUGCCACACGAUGAGUUUGCUGACUCUAGACAGCAGAUAUUGAACGGAGGACACCACUAUCUUCAAAACCAUCCCCAACAACACGAACAACAAGGACAACAGGAGCAGCACAAGGAAGAAGAAGCAAUUCAGCAACAACAACUGGCAAAUCAGGAGCAAGGAAGUCUAAAUGAAGAGGAAGAUUUUGAUCAUUUCUUCACAAACACAGAAUCAAACGCUCUUGAAAAGUUUUUGGAUAGUUUGGCCAAUCCAAAAGCAGCUGCUGAUCCAUUACAAUUUUACCAAAAUAACAACAAUAAUCGAUCUCCGCCUAGAAAUGGCAAUGAUUUGGGAAUUGACUUCAAUUUUGAAAUGCGUACAAUGAGUAUACCUUUGUAUAAGCAACAACAGAAACAGGUGCCACAACCACAGCAACAGCAACAGCAACAGCAGCGGCAGCAACAGCAACAGCAAAGUCACCAUCAGUUGCAUAAUCUCCAAGCGCCCCGCAUACACCAACCACAACCUUUUUAUCCAACUGAUUCUCAAUUCCAUUCAUCUUCUUUGCCAGCAAAUUCAGGAAUGACAACCCAUUCAAAUGCAAUGCAGACACAGUUUCAACAACAACAACAACAGCAGCAGCAGCAGCAGCAACAGCAACAGCAAGAUGUGCAAGACCAUCUUAGUCUCAGAAAUGAGUUGGCUGAAGCUUUUUCUGUUCCUGCAAAAUCACCAUUUUCUUCACCGCCACUUGAAAAACAAGUCAAACAAGUAGAACAGACAAAAUCAGACACAUCAUUGCCAAAGAAUGCAUCAAAUCAAAAACAAAACCCCAAACAUGUCAAAAAAGAUAUCAAGGCUGAUGCAAAACAGGAAUCUAAAUCAGCAGCAUCUUCAAACUUACAAUUGAUCACACCACCUACAUCUGGCGAUGAGAGUAAAAAGAGACAGAGUUCACCAGCCGAAGAAGAGGAAGAGGAAGAUGACGACGAAUACGAUUCCGACAGCAACCAGAGCAGCAGCACCACCACCACUACCACCACGGCCACCUCAUCUUCCAGCUCGAUUCAAAGACAACUCAAGAAACGCAAACGCUCAUCCACUAAACCACUCCUCUCACUCGCCCAGAAACGAUUAAACCAUUCCCACUCAGAACAGAAACGUCGUCAAUUGUGCAAACAAGCCUACCAACGAUGCCUUGAACAGAUCAUCGACUUGGAAGCAUUUGCCAAAUUACCCGAAUUGAAUGAAGCUGAACGCAAGACGAAGCGCGCUAGAGUCAACAAAGAAGGGUUGCCGAAUUUAUCCAAACAUGGUGCGUUGAUGCGUAUUAGUAAUGAGAUGAUUUUGAUCAAGCUGUUGAAUGAUGGCUUGAGAAAGUUGUUGGAGGGCGGUGCUGUUGCUUUGUAA